CAGGGAAAAUGAAGGCCCGAACUCCGCGCGUGGCUUCCCCGGCCUGGCGAUUCGUCAAAAAAAAUUUUCUUUCCAACUCAAACUUCUUUUUGGCCUUUCUUGUUAGCAAAAUGUCUGAAGAUCACGAUCACACCUUCGAGUCCACUGAUGCCGGUGCUUCCUUGACCUACCCCAUGCAGUGCUCUGCAUUGAGAAAGAACGGCCACGUUGUCAUCAAGGGUCAUCCCUGCAAGAUCGUUGACAUGUCUACCUCCAAGACUGGCAAGCACGGUCACGCCAAGGUCAACUUGGUCGCUAUUGAUAUCUUCACUGGCAAGAAGUAUGAAGAUGUCUCCCCCUCCACUCACAACAUGGAUGUUCCCAACGUUCGCCGUGAGGAAUUCAUGCUCAUCAACGUUGAUGAUGGUCAGCUUUCUUUGAUGAAGGAAGAUGGUACCACCAAGGAUGAUGUUGACUUGCCCGAUAACGACCUCGGUAAACAAAUCCAAGAAAUGUUCGAGGAAGGCAAGGAGUUGAUCGUCACUGUUGUCUCUGCUAUGGGUGAAGAGCACGCCUUGUCCGUCAAGGAAGCUCCCAAGGGCAGCGCCUAAAGUGUUGUACAGUGAUUUUUACAUUUUAUACAGAAAAAACCUCAUUACUGAAAAAAAAUAAACCAUUGAUCAGCGAAUAUUGUAUUCUGAUUGCAUUAAACAAAAACAAAUCCUUGCCGUCAACCUGCAAAUGCAGUGGCUUUGACAUGUA